AUUAGUAUUCAUUCCCUUCUCUAAUAUAUUGACCACGACGUUGGAGUAAAGAACAGGAGAUCAGCGAAAAUACCUCAUUCAUGGCGAAUCCGCAAGAUGAUCUCGAUCUCCUUCUCUCCCUUCAAGAUAGGGUUCUAGAAACCCCUCCUGCUUCCCCUGCAGGUUACCUUUCCGACAAUGGGCCGCCCAAGAGAACGGGACAUGCUGAUAUGUCUGUAUUUCGAGAUGCCGUGCUAGAUUGCCUUGAUUCUGAUACGGAUGAAUCCAAGAAGGCUCUCAAACUAGACCGUCCGAAGCUUUCUAAAUCCAAUGAAGUUGUUGUUGAGAAAUUUUCUGGUGUCCGAAUUAGGAAUCAGCUACUCUCCCAGUUAGAAAUAAAGAACCUAUUUUCCGAUAUUCGAUUUGUUCGGUUAUCAGCAAUCAAAAAUGUGCUAAUAGGUGAUGCUCUCUCUGGUUGUUGGGCAACUGUUGGAGUUCUCACUGAGAAGGGGAUUCCUAAAAUGAGUACAACCGGGAAGAAUUACUGCACAUGGAAAAUAUGUUGUCUUAAUGCAAAGUCGGUUUCCCUUUUCUUGUUUGGUGUUGCUUAUCAGAAGAGUGUGAAUGAGGAAGUCGGCAGUGUCUUUGCUUUGUUCAAUUGUAAUACCCGCAAGGAUAAUUCGGAGUAUGGAUUCUCUCUAAGUGUUUUUUCAGCUAAUCACAUUGUAAAGAUCGGCACCUCUUCUGAUUAUGGAGUUUGUAAAGCUAUUAAAAAGGAUGGGUUGCCCUGUACACAAGCUGUAAACAAAUGCAAAGGGACAUACUGCUCAUACCACACGGUGAACACAUCUAAGAAGUAUAUCACUACUAGAACUGAGCUGAAAGGAGGGAACCUAAGGACUGGUUUCAAAGAUUAUAAGUUAGAAGGAGUUCACAUAGUUGAACCUCGAGAUGACAGAGCAAAGUUUAGCAAGUCCAUGCGACCAGUCAAGUUUUUAUCUGUGGAUCAGAUGAAAAAAGCAUUAAGCAAAGCAGACAAAGUGACAACAAAUACAUAUUCUCAAGGCCUAAGAUUUCUAAAAGAAGUAGCAGGAAAAUCGCAACUAGACUCCAGAAAGAAUAUUCAUGAUCUGUCUAAAAUGCAAAGCUUAGGAAAGAGGCCUUCAUCGUCCAGUAGGACCAGUACCAAUUCAGAUUUUCCUGUACCCUCAUCCCAGCAUUCAAAUACGAAAAGAACAAAGGGGGAUGUGAUAACUUCUCUAAAAUCAACACAAGUGGUUACAGAAAAGAUGAUAGAACUGGACUUUGUUAGCUCAGACGAGGAGAUGUAACAUUCUCUCAAAUUCUUCUACAGCUUUGUUCAUUGGUUUGGUUUUGCUUCACCCAUCAUUUUCUAAACACAGCCAAGAACUAUGAGCAAAGUAGCAUAAGGAAGCUGUUGAUUCUGGUUCUCUGGACCUCUUUGGAUGUUCUAGCUCAUUUGGCCAAGGAUAUAUAGUAUUCUUGUUCAUAAGUUGUGAAGGCUAUUAGCCAUGUUUUGAAUAACCCAUACAUUGUUAUUAAUUUAUCAACUAAAAAACUCAAAUUUUAAUAUUGCCUUUUAAUUUAUCACCUACAACAUUAUUUU